GCUCUUCCCUCUACUUUGUGGAGGUAUGGUUCACAAGAAGAGGGGAGCAUUUGACCUUAACCGCUGCACAAUGCGGCAACUGGUGCAGCUGUCAGGAAUAUCCCAGGGCAGUGCUAGAAGGUUGGUGCGAUUCCGGGGACGACAAAUAAGAAAGGCAAAGCAUAUGAAUGCAGAAAGACAAGCACAUCUCAAGAGAAGGCAGGACCUUAUGGCAGAACUAUGUGAAGAGGUCCCCCCGAGACGCAGAAUGGCUAGAGCUUCAAACAAUGCUAAUUCAAGUAAGAAUCCACCACCAGUCCAAACAGAUAAAGGACAACAAAUAAAUAGCAAAGAAGAACAGAGACAGGUGAUGAUGCAGAUGAAGACCUCCACAAAGAGCGCUUCAAAUGAACAGACUUCCCACCCUAUGACAGAACUUCUGUCAGAAUCAGUGAAGACUUCUCCAGCCAUGAAACACUCUCCUGAUGAGACUGAGCCAUACAUGUCAGACUACCAAAAACCCAGUUUGAAAUGCCAGUGCUUUCGAAAAGCUUCAGUUUCCAAGGAUGACAGGCCUUACUGUAGAGUCUGUGGUGCAGCAGAGAUGUGCUGGGUGACAUGCAGACAGCAGAAGCUUCUCAAAUCACAUGUGUGCAAGGCAGAGUCCAGGAUGAGGAGAAGAGAGAAGGACAAAAAGGCUCCUAUGGACAAAGAAUCAAGAAAAAGCUCCCAAGGGCAGUGUGUCCUUCUGUAGUUUAACCAAACCCAUCUUACCAACCACUGAACCCGAAGAACAUGAACAUCAGCUGCUAG